CAGUUAGUCAACAAACCCCUAUCAGGCACACAUUUACUCAGUCGAUUGCCACGCAGAUAAUUGUGACUUGGGGCAGUAAUUUAAGGUGAAACUUUCUUGUUGGAUAAAUCAAUCGUCUAGGCAGUAACUGAACAAUGGCAAAGUUGUUGGGGUAUUGGAAAUUAGAGGCUUCUGACGAAAAUUGGGACGAAUAUAUGAAGGCGAUGGGUGUGAAUUUCGCACUAAGACAAGUGGGCAAACGAGUUUCAUCCUAUGAAGAAAUUAAGGAGGUCGACGGCGAGUGGACACUAGAUAUUACAUCAACUUUUAAAAAUGCUCACCUAAAAUUCAAACUGGGUGAAGAGUUUAAUGAGAAGACGAUGGAUGGAAGGGAUGUUAAAUCAGUAUUCAACGUUGAGGACGACAAGUUAGUCCACUAUCAGAAAUCUACAGCCGUGGGAAUUCCAGACUCUGUUAUUACAAGGGAGAGAAUUGAUGACGAUACUAUGACAAUAACACUUGAGGCUAUCGGAAAGAACAUAAAGACCGUAAGAAAAUUCUCGAAGCAAGUGAAAGCUGCAAGUUAACGCUGUGUUCGGAUAUCUCCGGAUAUUAUCAUGCAUUUAUAUAAUUAUGUUUAUUAUUUGUUUUGAAAUAAAUUUAGUAUUGACAUUUGGAA